UGUUGUGGUGGGCGGCCCACUGGUCUCAGAGUGUGGGAACCCCAGCCUAGCCUGGGCCACAUGGCUUUGUGAUGCUAAUCUGAUGCUAUAUAAGGGAGAGUGCUCCUCCACUAGCACCAGUCCUCUCUAUAUCCUAGGAGAAGCAGGCCUCCCAAUCACACAAGCAUGGCUCCUUGCUCCACCAACAUCUCCUCUAUCCACCAUCUCAGGCUCCGAGAAAAGGACAACCUCAGAUUAAGGAAACCUAUCGUGGAGAAAAUGCGCAGAGAUCGUAUCAACAGCUGCAUCGAACAGCUGAAGCUCAUUCUGGAGAAGGAGUUCCAAAAGCAGGACCCCAACACCAAGCUGGAGAAAGCAGAUAUCCUGGAGAUGACAGUGAGCUACCUGAAGCAGCAGCUGCAGUCUGCAACAGGGCUGUCUCAGAGGGACUACAGUCAGGGCUACUCUCAGUGCUGGAGGGAGUCUUUUCACUUCCUCUCAGUCAGCUCCAAGACAGCAGGCUCCACCGCUGUACCUCUUCAACAGCUCCAGCAGCUGCCCCAGGCCCAGAGAGCCAGCAGCCCACAGCUCCUCUCCACCUCCCCUGUCUCCCCCAGUCUCAAGCCCACCACACUCCAAGACACCAAAGGGCCAGUCUGGAGGCCAUGGUAGAGACAUUUUAGACACCUGUCCAAAACCUGAGGGAGCUUGGACUGCCCCUCACUAAGUAGGAAAUAUGUAUUUCCAAACUGCCCAUAGUUUAUUGCUCGUAAUG